UCUUUUUCAACUGAAAUGUUACUCAUUUUAAAACCAAGAGAACGUUCUCUGUAGAACUCCGGAACUCAGCAGUUGUGACAUCAUAAACUUCUAGAACUCUUCAAAAUGUAGCAGUUCUGAGUGAAAUCAGCUCAUUAGACAGACAGACAGCAGACAGACAGACAGACAGACAACAUGCCACUGUGAAACGGGUGAGUCCAUCUCUGAUAUCCACAGCAUCUUUAUUCACACUAACCCUUUUUUUUCUGUUUAUUUUCAGGUUUGGGAGAACACUGCAAAAAAAUGGCAGAAAGUAACUCAUCUGGUUGUUUUGCAUUCAACGCUGGCGACUUUAAGUUCUUUAACGUUGUGGGACAGGGCGGCUUCGGUAAAGUGAUCCGGUGUUUGAAGAAAGACACGAGACAGACCGUGGCAGUAAAGAUCCCCAUGUCCCUGCAGAGAGACAGCACUGAGGUUUCAAUGAUGGAGCAGCUAAUGCGCCUGAAACUGGACCAGAAACACAUAGUUGAGUUCUUCGGCUGGUUCCACACCUCUUUAGGGAAGGCCUUGGUGUUUGAACCUCUGGACAUUAGCUUAGAGGACUUCAUCAUUCAGAGAGACUGUGCCCCCAUGCUGCUGAGUGACAUCAGAGUCAUCAUCCAGCAGUCUGAAGAACCUCGGAGUGAUCCACGCUGA